CGGCGGUGGCUGGCGGGCCCGGACCCUCCCCACGGCAGGGCCCGGGGCGCGGGCAGCAGGCGCCAUGGCAUCGCUCAGCUCAGCCUCCACCUUCCGAGCCGAGCUCCUCAGCGCCUACGGGCAGGGCCACGGCGAGCCCCGCUUCGAGGGCGACCGGCGGCAUGCAGCCUUUGGGGCACAGGAGGCAUUUGGGUACCCAGAGUCCCCAGGUGCCAUGUACCCCUGCAGCCUGGGCACCUGGGUGCGUGCCCAGGGUGACACCUACCAAGUGGUGGCCGACGUCAGCCAGUUUGAGCCCCCUGACAUUGUGGUGACCACCUCCAACUGCCAUGUCGCCAUCCAGGCAGAAAAGGUGGCUGAGGAUGGCACGGUGUGCGACACCUUCACCCACAAGUGCCAGCUGCCCGAAGACACGGACCCGCUGUCGGUGAGCUGCGCGCUGACCGAGGCUGGCACGCUGGUCAUCACCGUGCGGCGCCGCGCCAGCGCCGGGCAGCGCCCGCAGCCGCUGCACCGCAGCGAGGCCGCGCUGUGAGCGGCUCUGC